AUGGGCGUGUCAUCCACAGCGCGCCUUCCCUCGCUGGGCGCACAGUCCAUCCCGCCACUCUUCAGCCACCUCCAGCACACGUCCAACGCCAAAGUCGUCGCGCGCUGGAGCAUCACCAUCCGCUCGUUCCGCGCCGUCCCCGUCCCGUUCAACGCGUGGCCGUCCGACUCGGGUCCAGCCAACGAAGAUGCUGCAUCGACCAGCGCUGUGCAGAAUGCAGCCUCGGCAUCGGCAGCGUCGGCGUCGGGUGCACCGCCACUCACCAAGCCCAGGACCAUGUGGCAGGUGUGGCUCUCGGACCAUCCGGGAGUGGUGUUUGUGAUCGUCGAGGAUACGGGCAAGUCGUCCAGGGCCAAGGCGUGGCGCGACUGGGAGGUGGCGGUGAAGAAGUGGAAGAAAGCGCGCCGCGCAGAGAUCGAGGCCAGGAAGACGCGCGAGGCACAGGCUAGGCUGGAGUCGGAGAACAAAAAGCAGUCUGAAGCCGCCGAGGCAACGGCCGGCUCUUGCGCAACCGCCGCUGCUGAUCCAAAUGACACUGCGCAUAGUACAAACGACCAGACGCAGCCGAUGGAUGUGGAUGUAGCCAAGACCGAGGGCGCCGACUCUGCGUCGGGUCCCGCUUCGUCUGCACAGCCGACGCACGAGGAGAAAGAGGAGGAGCCGAUUGCAUCCGCUGGCGCGCGGCCGAGACUGCAGCUGCCCUCGCACACGCGCUACACGGUAUCGGCGCUGACGGCGUCCAUGUCGGCGAUGCUCACGGGGCUGAACCUGCCGCCUCCGCACGGUGCGCCCGUGGGCACUGCGGGGCCGGGCGCAUGGGUGCCGCGCGGCGCCGCGGUCUCGAUCGAAGGUCUCGUGCUCGAACUCAACAGCCAGAGCCUCGAUGCGCUGCCCGGCAUCUCGCCCGCGCUGGCCUCGAUCGACACACCCACGGACACCGAGGGCGGCGUCGACUGGCGCGGCGGCGUCGACUGGCGCGUGCGCGUCGGCAGCGUCAUGGGCGGCGGAGGCCGCAGCGCAGGCGCCGUUGUAGAGGCCGAAUUCAUCCCACCCGCUGCGGUGUUGCCCACAUCGAAGUUCAUGCAGGAUUUCCUGAUGGCCCUGUUCCCACCGGGGCUUGUGCCUGCUCAGCCUGCGCAGCCGGUGCAAGCUGCGGGGGUGGUGAAUGGGGCCGCGAGUGCGGUGGGUACUCCGCGCGGUGCACAUGCAACACUGCCCGGGGCGGCGCAGGGUGCCCCGGGAGGAUUCAACUACACCAUCGGGGGCGGGACGGAGGGUGUGCAGCCGAACCGCAGCUUCAAUAUCCCCGUGGUGUCGGAUCAGUUGUGGGAGGAGGUGGUGCCGCGCUCGGGCGAGAGCUGGCGGCAGCGCAUCAGCCAGCGUUCGCACCACAUGCGUGCCGCCAAGCGCUUGCAGCGCCGUCAGCGCGCAUCCGAGCCUGCCGCUCCUCACCGCACAACUGAUUCGAAUGGCGACGAUGCGUUUGGCUGGCACACUUUCGGCACAGACGAGCACGGCGCCGACAAGGAGUGGGAGGACGACGAGGUGUCUUGCUCCGACUCGGAGACCGAAGGUGCGCUGCCCAACGGCCACGCCGCCGCGCUGGCGGGGACAGCAGUGACCAUGCAGCAGGUGGAUGAGGAUGAGGACGAUGACGACGACCGUCCGCUCGGCGCACCCGCCUGGACGCAGCCCAAGCCGAACGCAGCAGCGCAGGCUGAGCCGAAUGUGGCGCCCAAGCCGAGCGAAGACACGGUGCAGCUCAUCUUCCAGGGCUUACGGUCUGAUGCGGACGAUCCGGAGGGGGGCGACGUAGGUGCGUGGUCGGGCGUCGAGCGUGGGAGGAGGAUCGCCUUCCAGUACGUCCAGAUGCUGCGUGCAGAAGGCAUCAUCUAG